CCCUGGCCCUCGCCUCGUCCCUGCCUGCCACCGGCCAUCGCAGACAUGCCCUCCUCAGACAACAUCUCCUCCGACUACGAGGUCUCCAAGCCCAUGGCUUCCGGCUUCUCCGAGAAAAAUGCUGACCAGCUGGUCGUCCCGCCGCUGUACGACCAGGAGCUCGGCGAGAUGACAGAGCAGGAGCGGAAAGGCCACCACAAGUUCAACCGCCUGGGCUGGAAGCGCCUGACCGUCGUGCUCAUCGUCGAGGCCAUCGCCCUGGGAAGUCUCUCGCUCCCCAAGACCUUCGCCACGCUCGGCAUGGUGCCUGGCGUCCUUUGUUCCGUCGGUCUCGGUCUCAUCGCUAUCUAUACCAGCUAUGUCGUCGGCCAGGUCAAGCUCAAGUUCCCCCAGGUCGCCCACUACCCGGACGCCGGCACGCUCCUGUUCGGCCGCUUUGGCUAUGAGCUGAUCAAUGUCAUGCUUGGCUUGCAACUCCUGUUCUUGGUCGGCUCGCACUGUCUGACUGGUACUAUCGCCUUUAUGACCAUCACCAAUAGCGGCAUCUGCUCUAUUGUCUGGGCCGUCAUCUCUGCCAUCAUUCUGUUCCUCCUCGCCCUGCCCCCGAGUUUCGCUGAGGUGGCUAUCCUCGGCUACGUCGAUUUUGCUUCCAUCAUCAUCGCCAUUGGCAUCACCAUCAUUGGCACCGGUGUCGAAAACACCAACUCCAUUGGCGGACCCGUCGUGUGGUCGGCCUGGCCCAAGGACGGGAUCACCUUCACUGAUGGCUUCAUCGCCGUCUCCAACAUUAUCUUCGCUUACAGUUUCGCCAUGUGCCAGUUCUCUUUCAUGGAUGAAAUGCACACCCCGAAGGACUUCGUCAAGUCGAUUUGGACCUUGGGCCUCACCGAGAUGAUCAUCUACACCGUAACCGGUGCCCUGGUCUAUGCUUUCGUGGGCAUGGAUGUCAAGAGCCCCGCGUUGCUAUCCGCCGGCCACCUUCUGAGCAAAGUCGCUUUCGGAAUCGCCCUUCCAGUCAUUUUCAUCAGUGGUUCCAUUAAUGGCACUGUUCUGGGUCGCCUUAUUCACGGACGUGUCUAUAAAAACUCUCCAAUUCGUUUCAUUAACACGAAGAUGGGCUGGAUCACCUGGAUCUCCUUGAUUGCCGUCAUCACUGUUGUCGCCUUCAUUAUCGCCGAAGUGAUUCCUUUCUUUUCCGACUUGCUCUCCAUCUCGUCCGCUCUGUUCAUCUCUGGCUUCAGCUUCUACUUCCCGGCCUUGAUGUGGUUUAUGCUUAUCCGCGAGGGCAAGUGGUACGCUAACAAGAAAAAUCUGGCUCUCUCUGCCGUCAAUGCCUUCACUUUUAUCAUUGGCAUUGUCACACUGGUGGCCGGUACUUAUUCCAGUGUCGAUGACAUCGUCAACAAUUACAGAGAUGGCACAGUCCGAGGAGUUUUCACCUGCGCCGAGCCAUCUUAGAGCCCUAGGAAGGCAUUUUCAUUGUAACAGCAUCUCGUCGAAUUUAGCGUGGUCUUCCUCUAUUCAUCUCCCGCGGCUCUGCAUAGUAUUGUGUUGGUAGACUAGACUACAGUCCGUUAUCAGACCAAUUAUUCAUAUACAUAUUCAUAAUCACACCCAUAUUACUAAUGACCGUAGUGGCGGACUCGAACUAGAACGUCACAGCCACCUGCGACAAACAUGUUAUUGACCGCCUCGACGCUGACACUGGCAUGUGUAAAUUAGUUGUUGCGGGGUAGUUUAUAAUUGUCGUUCGUCAACUCGGGACUAUCAACCCCGACUCGAAUAAAGAACUCACAGCUCAAGGUACACAUGAUUAUAGUGUCACAAUUCUGCUGAUAUUCGAACAAGUCAC